CUAUCCACGGCUUCACGAUAGUCGCUAUCGACAUAUCCGUACGUCCAUCCGUCAAUUGAAGCCUCACCGUGGCAAGCGCGGCGCCUAGCAGGCCUUGAUUCAUGCACCCCUUCUCCGUCUUUGCGUUCAGCAUCUUCGUCGCUGGCUACAUCACCGCACGUUGGGACCUGGUUACUAGACUGUACGAGCUCGCCAUCUUCGCUUGGGACCACGGAGUCGUCACCCGCGCGGCUAGAGGAUUCCUGGUUCUGUCGAUAUUCUUCGCUGCCCUACUUGUACCGCUCAACCAUAUUGUGACUAGGGAGCUUAAAGUGCACCCUCGUUCUGUGCACCACGGGAUAUCUGCGCGCGAACAGCUCAGACGGCGCGGGUCUUUCUAGGCUGACGAAAGAGGGGAUAAGGGGGAGAGAGAAUGACAGCAUGGUGAUGAAUGAUGGCCUGCUACGGGUGUUCUGGCCAUAUGAAGUUGCGUUGUCUGAUGCGCCGGGGGUGAUUGUUGGAUGGAGGAAUUCUGAAUUCGACUUGUUUGUUGUCUCUGUGCUGGAGCAUGUUGAAGCACGCAAUGUGGAAAAUGCGCUGAGGACGGGGAUACUGUAUCGCAACAGCCCGCAUCCGAUAUCUCGCAUCUUCGGGCUAUGCGGGAAGCCAGUGAUGCAUGUGCUCGGAUCUACGAACGCAGCAGAGGUGCCCACGGCGUUUACCACGUCGCAUAUCCAUGUUACUACGAGCCCGUCGACGGGAGUGCCGCUGAUAUACUGUCCUCCAAACGUGAAGCUACCGCUGCAAGUAAUCAUGUUCAACCGCCCACACCCAACGAAGAUGCAGUACAUGUCUCUACGACCUAUCCCGCUGGCCCUGGGCGACAAGCACACCACCUUCGACAAGGGCGGCGGCGAGACGACGCUGGAUGAAGUCGAGGUGGUUGAGAGAGAGGCGCGGGCCCAGACAGCCCGACUGAUAGCCAAACGGCGCCUGGUGACGGUGGUCAAGCAUGUGCCCUCGUCCAAGGAGCAAGCGCUCCCCGUGCUGAUCAACCAAAUCAACUGCUCGUUUGAGAUGGACAGGCUGCUCCAGAGCAACAUCGGGCUGAUCGGGACACGGCCCAAGCGGGCGCUGAGCGUGAGCCAGCGGGUAGUCGAGUCCGCGACGACGGCGUGGGGAGUGGUGCUCUGGGGCAUCACGUACGUGGCGAUGGUGUGGAUAUACCCGAUCAUCACCAAGGGGUUUAUAGCGUGCCUGAUCGGCCACCGGGUGAUUGCCGAAGUGGUGCUGAGGAUCCUUGAGUGGCGGGCUGCCCCUGACGCCGCUGCGUUGAAGGACAUAUCUGCCACGGCGCAGCAGAUUGAUAUCCGGCUGCAGCAGUUCUGCUACUGGCCGAUCCAGUAUCUGACGCUGCGCAAGCGCAAGGACGACUGGGAGAGCGUGACGAACAGCCAUCCGGACUAUAUCCGGUUCUACAACAGCUUGUGGCUGGUGGCUAAUGAUGUGAUUAUCGGGAUAGCGCUGGGGUCGUAUAUCGUGGACAAUGCGGACAAUGUGGCGUCUGAGAUCAAUGCGGUGCUUACGGGGUGGACGGUGGAUGGGCUGCAGCAGACGAUCUCCUGGCUGAUGGGCUGGCCUGCCGGGCUGAAGCUGAACAACGAGCUGGCCGUCUUCCUGGGCGAUCUCUUCCUCUGGGUCAUUGCCCACUGGGCUAGCGCACUGGCGAGCCUGAGGCCGUUCCUGUCGUAUGUAGUGUACAUCAUCGGGUGUGCCAGCUUCGCGGGAGCCAGCAUGUCGAUAGCGAUGUUCUCUGACCUGCUGUCCAUUUUCACGGUGCACAUCUACAGCUUCUACAUUGCGUCUGCGCGCAUCUUCAACUGGCAGCUGACGAUCAUCAUCUCGCUGUUCCAUCUCUUCCGCGGCCGCAAGCGCAACAUCCUGCGCAACCGCAUUGACUCCUGCGACUACGACCUGGACCAACUGCUGCUGGGGACCAUCUUGUUCACCCUGCUGUUCUUCCUGCUGCCUACGGUGCUGGUGUUCUACAUCACCUUUGCGUCUGCGAGGAUGGCCAUUAUCUCCCUGAAGGCCGGGCUGGACACUUGUCUGGCCUUUCUCAACCAUUUCCCCUUGUUUGCACUGAUGCUGCGACUCAAGGACUCUCGACGACUCCCUGGGGGCACUCGCUUUGAGCUACGACGGCCGUCUCUUCCACCACCGCCCAACGACCAACUCGAGUACACCGAGACAUCCUACAUCCACCUCAAAUCCGUCCCGUUGAGUCUGAGAGAAAUGUUCGACCAGUACUUCCGCCUCGGCCAGCGCAUCAGACAGCACUACCUGUCCCCGCGGGUGAUCCUCUGUCUGGCAACCGGCCAGUUCGUUCCCCCCAUCCACCGACGCAACCUGUACAGUCUGCAGUACAGCAUGCUGCCUGCCCAGCGAGUGGGCAUCGUCGACGUCUGGUCCCGGCUGACUGCAAAGAGCUCGACGGGGGGAGGCAGCAGCGGCGGGAGCGGCCCAGCAGGCAGCUCCUCAGGGGUUCCUUUGUCUUUCCCCCGGGGCUCAACGUUUCCCUUUGACAGGCGGAGGAGAUAACCACUACCAUAAUACCAUAAUGCUAUAAUACUCCAUCUUCGUCUCUUUUCCUUCUCUUCACCCCGUCCUUUGUAGACCUGUGAAGGCCUUUGUAAGCCUUUGUAGACUGUAGUGACUCCCACCUUCACCCUUUUACUCUUCUCUUCACAGCAUCUCCAUCCAUUGUCCAUCCAUUGCCUAUCGCCUGUCUAUCCCUUUACUGUCUUCUUCACCAUCCUCUUCACUGCCAUCUUCACUGCCCUUUGCUGCUGUCGUCACUGUCUUCCCUUCUCUCCUGCAUGACAAAGAAUUCUUCACUCGUCGUCCUCCUCCUUCACUCCCUUCUAGCUCCUUCCGCCUCCCGGUCGUCGGGCUAUAAAAUCCCCUCAACUGUCUCUCUCGUCGACGCUUCCUCCUUCUUUCUUUCUCUCUCCUUCCUUCCUCAUCCGCCGAGCUGGCUGCAGAGUGCAGAGAAAAGCUCGGCGGAUGCUG